GGAUACUUUAGUGACAGGAAUGAUCGAGUAAUGUUUAGAGACGACAAAGGAUAUCAAAGUGAUCAUAAUACAAGGAACCCCCCCUGUCACCAGGACAGUAUAAGAUCUGGGUACAUGAGUGAUCAUGAGCUAAGGAUAAGCUAUGAUAGAUCUAGGAUCGGACCCAUCUCUAAAAGUUCCGAAGCUGUACACCAACAGAUGUCUAUUGAGAGUAUGCCUAGUUCUGAUUCUAGGCUCUGCUAUCUAACAUCAUCGGAGUUGCGGAGUCAAGAGAAGAAACACCAAAAUGUUUGUGAAUGUAAGUUGAUGGGAUGCAAGUGUGGGAAUGAAAAUAUAUCUUAUAACGUGAAGAUCAGAAUUGGUUCAGAUUCAGAGGUGUGUUUUCAAAACCCACCACCAGAUGUAGUUAAUUGCAGAUAGAUUAUUUCACAAUUAGUUCGCAAUAUUUCAUAGUUA